AGCGCUGUUUGUGUCGACUGCGCACUCGUUCUGCGCAUGUAGUACAGUUUAGCAUGUGCGGUCACUUUUCUGUCUAAAUUCACUUUGUUUAUUCCUGUUUUAUUCCAUUAUGCCCCCGAAAGGUAAAGGCGGUAAAGGAGGAAAAGGUGCGGCUUCCGGACCUGCAGAGGCCGAAAAGAAAGAUAAAACAGCUAAAGGAGGUACUGCUGUCAAGGUUCGGCACAUACUUUGUGAAAAACAUGGCAAGUGCAUGGAGGCAAUGGAGAAGCUUAAAGCAGGAGUUCGUUUCAGUGAAGUAGCAGCUCAAUACAGUGAAGACAAAGCCAGACAAGGCGGCGACUUGGGCUGGAUGACCAGAGGGUCGAUGGUAGGACCUUUUCAGGAAGCUGCUUUCGCGUUACCUGUCAGCUCCAUGGACAAACCCGUCUACACAGAUCCACCGGUCAAAACUAAAUUUGGUUAUCACAUUAUUAUGGUGGAAGGGAAAAAGUAAUUUUACAUUUACUGAAAUGUCUCCUUUUGU